CAAUUAUUCAUGGUCAUGAUUAAUUAAAUAAAAAAUAAAAAACUUUACUCAUUUAAGAAAAAGAAUAUUACUAUAUUUACUUAUCAUUUUUACAAACAUUGAAAUAAAGUUUGACAAUUUUGACAAUUUUGUCAUAUGUUCGUUCACGAUCGAUUCAUUUUCGGAGCUAUAUCACUCGUUACAGAUUCACGUUCGAUUCAUUUACCAAGAGAUAUCUCACUCUUUACAGAGACGUUUUUCAGGGCAAUUGUGCGAGACUUAUACAGAGUGCGGGGAGAAGUAUGUUCUGAGAAGUAUGUUCUGAUUUUACUCUACUAGCAGUCAUAGCCGGUGUUUAUAUAGAAAUUUGAGUAACCAGGUGUAUAACCAGCUCUAGGAAUAUACAUGUGACCAGUGGAAUCGCCGAAAAGGUGGAUUCUGAAGCGAUUUUAAUGUUGUAAUUUUAAUAAGCGAUCAUGGUCGUUACACGGCGUUCAGAACAAGUAGACUCAACGGAUAAUCCAGCCGCACCCAUAGGGCUCGACUCGGGUAAACCAGAAGGUCUAGGUGAGAGGGCACAACAAAAGGCAACCACUAAAAGCCAAAGGAUUGAUGAACUUAAUUCUAUUGUGGAGGCUAUUGUGCAAGCAUUCAGUGACAAACGACUUGUAGAAGAGCGAUUAGCUCCCGCUCUGGGACCUGUGCUAGCCCCUGCUUUGCAUAGCUGUUUCAUGAUGGAGCUUCAGAAGAGAGAUACCAAAAUUCAGCAACUGGAAUCAAAGUUAUUGAAAGCCGAAGCCCGUGUAGAAGACCUUGAACAGUAUUCAAGAAGAAACUGCCUCGUCAUACAUGGAAUCAAAGAGAAUAUCAACGAGGAUACCGACCAAAUCAUCAGCAAACUUGGUAAGGAGAAACUCGACGUCGACAUCACUCCGGACAACAUCGACCGAUCACAUCGAAUAGGAGUCCGCGGAAGAGUUGAUAGAAAUGGACAUCCAAUCCAUCGACCCAUCAUUGCAAAGUUUACAACAUAUGGACCAAGAUCGCGUAUCUACGAGGCAAGAUCAAAGCUCAAAUCAACCAGCAUUUACAUCCAUGAGAAUCUGACUAGUGAAAGACAAAAGCUGCUGAGGAAGGUGAAAGAGAAGUACCCUACCCCGAACAAAAUUUGGACUCAAGAUGGAAAGAUCAAAGUGAAAACGACAUCAAACAACAAGAUAGUAAUAUCAUCUGAAUCUGAUUGGGAAAAACAUAAACAGAGCACCUGAAAGUACAUGUGAACUCUACACAAUAGUUACUAGGAACGCUCAAGUUGUCGGCACUAUAAGAACAUGAAGAAUGUAAACAAACCGGCGUCUGCAUUGUAAGUUUCGUAAUCUACAUCUCUUUUGAACUCUUGAACUAGUGCGUUUCCGCAUUUCUAUGUGUAUUAUGUAACCUUAUUUGUGUAUGUGUUUGUUAUGAAGUGCAAUGUAUGUUUAAAAACA